AUGAGAUCACAGUCCAUGGCUGUAUUGCUCACCAUUGUACCCUUAUCACAGUCCCUGGCACAAUACGUGCUUGGUGAGACCCAGCAGCCAGGAGCCUGGAACUGGCAAUCAGAGCCUGAACAGUGGGCGAGGUCAGUUCGACAGCAGUUGAAUGCCCAGCUCCUCUUGGUCUCAGAGCGGAAGGCAGGUCCAUCUCCUGAAGACGCGGCAUCUGAAGACCGUGAAUCCCAGCACUCCGUCUGUGUUCCAGAAGCAGAAGAGCAGCCCCAGGACCAUCAGAGGCAGCAGAGGAAGUUCCUGAAGGCAGUGAGCCAGUCACAGCAGCCCACGGUGCUGGAGCUCCUGGUGGCGGAGCUCCAAACUCUGUUCUCAGCUGUGCUGCAGGACGGCAGCCCCGCAGCUUGGCACUACCUGCAUGCCGUGCUGCAUCUGCUGCCUCCAUAUCGUGCACUGCUUGUUGGUCGCCUUGAUCUGCUGCCCUUCCUGGAGCAGCUGUCCCACUGGGCCCCUUGGGUCCAAUCCCAGUUCCAGCUGGACCUGCUAGAUGCCAUUGAGCAGGCCUUCCCCCCAGAUACCUCUUUGUUAGAGGGUGCCUCCCAUAUUGAGUGCUGUCCCCAGAAGCAGAAGUUCCAUCAUGGGCCCCCACGCCCAGCCUGCCCUUUUGUGCAGGCCCGGUGGGGUGGGCAGCAAGUAGGGGAGGAGUUGGCUACAUGGCUGCGACCAUUGACACUGCCUGAGCUACAGCACAGCCUGGGUAUUGUUGGUGCUCAGGUGGCCCUGAGAGAGGCCUGGUGGCUAGAUGGCCUUAGCCUCCUGCCCUUGGCACUGGCGACAGACAUCCCCAUACAGUAUGAAUGCAGGAGCACUGACAACGCAGUGGAGGAACCUGUUGGAAGAACAGAGACUAAGCCUCAGCUUGAUUCAGAAGUUCCUGGUAAGGAGACCUUCCAGAAGAGAAGCACUAGCUUCUCACCUCAGACUUCCCUCCUGGGUAGCCAGGUGAAGACCAUUCUGAAGACAGAGAGAUACCUGAAGAAGAUCCACUUCCUCUAUCUCAAUGUAGCUCCCAGCCGGUACUUUAGGCCCUAUAGCCUGAUGGUGGUGCCACCAAAGAAGGUGAACCCUGAGCACUACAUCUUCUCUCCCUUUGGGAUCCUGCAUGUGCAUCCUGUGGAGGGCAGUGAGACAAUGACGCUGGGCACCUGGCACCGCCACUCUGUCCUCUGGCAGCAGCUCCAGUCCAUUCCAUUCUUCAAAUAUUGCCUCUUAUACAAGGCCUUGACCCGUUGGAAGAGGAACGUGACGUUACAGAGGCUCCACCGGUGCCGGACUUUCCUCGGGAAGCACCUGCUCUUGGCUGUGCCCCACUUUGGAGCUGGGCUUCUGCAUAUUAGCAGGCUUUUGCAGGAGCUGCGCUCUGUAUCCUGGCUCCCCCAAGAGUCGGAUCGAUGCUACGAGCUGCUGGACUUGCAGCGGGCUCUAGCCAAGGAGAACCACAAGGCUCUGAGGCUGCUCAGUCGCUGCCUGCACCUCUGCACAUUCAUCCUGCAACUGGUUCGUGAGGAUACGUAUCACAUGCAGCAGGGCCUGCAGGAGCGAGUGAAAAACUGCAAGAGGAUCAGGACGGACCAACGCUCCGUAUACCUUCAGAGGGUAGAGUGCCAACAGCUGGAGCAGAAGCUGAAGCAGGCAGAGGCCUGGUUGCUGCGGCUGGGACAGCUGGCCCGCCUAGUAGACUACAUGAUUUGCCAGAGCCUUGUGUCUAUCGUAGAAGAGGAGAUAACCUCCUUUGUGGCCAACAUGCUGCAAGCCCCAAGGAAGAAACCCUUUCUCUCAGCCCAGCUGGUCUUUGACAAUCAUGGCCAGCUGUCUCAUGAGCCGUGUAUUGAAAAUAUGAUCCAGAUUUUAAAUGUGGGCCUGCAGUCUGUCAAGGCCUCUGUCCUGAAGGUAAUGCAAUCUCCAGACCUGAAGACCCCCUGCGACUCCUUGUAUUCUGAAGAAGAAGAUGAAGAGGAAGAUUCGAACACGCAAUUUGUGAUGCCCAAGCUCCAGGGCCAGCCCAGCGAUGCUGUGCACAUCUUCUGUGGCCCGAAUAUAGGGUUGGUGUGGCCCUGGAAAUCUCACACUAUUACCGAAGCCCUAGAGGUCCGUGGGUACCGGCUACGGGGCCAGUACUUGCCCCCCAAUUAUAAGCAGCUGCAAGAGGAUCUGGACAACAAUCCUCGGAUCCAGCAAGCACUGACUACGCAACAGGCCUUGCUGGAGGGCAUGCUGUGGGAGGUGAAGGAAUUCUGCAGGGAACAUCACUGGAUGACAGGCAUUCAUCAGUUCCUGCAAGCCUGGGGGCCUCAGAAGCUGGAGUCCAUGAGAGCUUGUCCUAUCAAGAACUACGUGAUGCUGGUGGGCUGCCUGAACAUUUGGCAGACCCAUGUCUCCAAUAUACCUGACAAGUUGGUCACAAAAGGCAGAUUGAUGCUGCUGAGCUGCCAUCACAUACAGUCAGAGAUGGAAUCCAAGCUGGAUAGCAUCAGGAAGGACAUUCUCACACAUGUGCAGAAUGAGUGCUGGACCCUCAGUCAGCAACUAAUAACAGAGCUCAUGGAUUUCACGGAGGUCUUCCAAACCAUCAACUCAGACAUUCAUACCAUUGCACGGUGCUCCCAGAAGUUGAACGAGGCCAAUGAGCAGUACAACACACUGGAGGAGCGAAUGGAAUACAUACGGUCACUCCACGAACUCAUCCGGAACCACUUUAGCCUCUUUAGUGCUGAGAACGAGGCACUGGACAUCUCGGUGAGAAGGCAAUUCCCGAAGUCACCCAUGCCUCCCAGCCUCAUCCUGCCCUACCCCACAGGGGACGAGAGUCCUGUGCCCUUGCCAGUCCGUGGGACCCGUCCGAUUGUGCUGCAGCAGCGCAUCUGGCAUCUGUACCGGGUCAUCUCUGAGAGCAUCAGCGAAUGGAAGUGCGUGGCUUUUGCCAAGUUCAGCAUGACUAUGGCCCAGGAGAAGACAGACGGCUGGCUGACGGAGGCAGCCCGGAUGAGUACAAGCCUGGGGCUGCACAGCCCAGUCCUGCAGUGCUGCGUGCGCAUCCUGGAGGAGUUUCGCAGCUACCUGCCAUUACUGACCAAGCUGGGCAGCCUCCAGCUGCAGAGCCUCCAAGCCCUUCUCAGAGCCUUAGGGCUAGACAGUCUCUACAACAUGGAACUCCUAACACUGGGCCAGCUGCUCACUUGUCCGCUGCUGGAUUUUGCAGAUCGAAUCAAUCAGAUCUGGCAGGGUGAAAAUGAACGAAUCCAUGCCCAAGAAACCCUACGGCGGCUGCAGCGGGUCUGGGAGUCACGCCAGCUUCGCCUCAUCAACUUCAUCCUGCAUGUGCCCUAUGAGCCCCCAGCCUUGGAGCGCUCCAAGAAGCAAGUGAUCCGUAGCCCCCAGUGGGAGGUGGUGGCCAAGGAGAGCGGCACCUUCAUCCUUUCAGAUUACAGCAGCCUGCAGGAUUCUAUCCAGGAAAGUCUUCAGGUGUUGUUCAAGAUCCUGGCCAUCCAAAAGUCAGGAGACUUAAACAAAGUAGCUUUGGAGUGGGUAACCAUCAUGCACAGCCUGAGUGCCCUGCUGGAGGUGUGGGUGACUUUCCAGCAGCAGUGGAUUUUUCUGAAUAAAGUUCUGCACGAGAUGAAGAUCGAGUUUCCUAGUCCUGACCUGAACUCCCGGUUCAAGGCCACGGAUGAUCAGUAUCGGACCCUGAUGCAGAUCUCUGUAGAUGACCCCCUGGUUCUGUCACUUAUAGUGCCCAGUGUCAAGCGGAGCCCUCAUUUCCAAGGCCAGCAGCUGCAGCAGCUGCUGCAAGCAGGCUCCAUGGAGCUGGAGGGCAUCAUUAUGGCUCUGAAGAACGUGCUCUAUAGUGUGUGUGCUCAUUUCCCCCGCCUCUUCUUCCUCAGUGAUAGUGAGCUGGUGGCCCUGCUGGCUGCCCCACUGGAGUCCUGUGAGGCUCAGCUGUGGGUAAGACGCUGCUUUCCUCAUGUGCACGCUGUGAGCUUCACGUCCAGCCCACCUGACGAACACAUGGGUGACCGGGAGGCAAGCCCCAACACAUCGACUCAGGUGGAGGCCCUGGCAGUGCUGGGGGCAGGUGGGGAGGAGGUGAAGCUGCAGAGGUCCGUUCCCCUGCAUCCAGAUCUCCCCAAGUGGCUGGCCUCCCUGGAGAAGUGCCUGCGUUCGGCUCUGGUGCACAAGUUGCAGGGCUGUGUGGCUUCCCGCCUUGCUCUGGGCCCACCGAUGGAUGAGGCCUUCAAGCAGCUGCCCCAGAAAGACCAGCUGCCCCCACAGCUGUUCGCCCACCACUGGCUCCACCUAGUCCAGGCCUUCCCUUGGCAGUGUGUGCUGGUGGCUGAGGAAGUGGUGUGGCGGGCGGAGGUGGAGGAGGCUCUGCUCGGGGGGAGGACCUCGGCCAUGGUCCCCGUGCAUGUGUGCAAGCUCGAGACACUGGUGCACUUUAUACGGGCCCGGAGGGCCUCCCAGGGCGAGCAGCCCCUGGCUUCUGUCCGCCAGACCAGCCUGCUCAGUGCCCUGCUGGUCAUGGCAGUGACUCACCGGGAUAUAGCACAGCUCCUGCAGGAGCACCAGGUCAGCGAUCUGACAGAUUUCCACUGGGCUCGCCAACUCAAAUACCACCUGGGUUCACCUCACAUCGUCCCCCAAAGCCCCCUGCAGAGUCUCAAGACGAUUGCAUCGGCUGCGACUUCUCCGUCGCCAGCGGCGUGCUGGGUAGACGUGCUAGGCCGGUCCUUCCUGUACAAUUAUGAGUACCUGGGUCCCAGACUGGGGUCUCUGCCCAGCAUGCUGCCUGAGCGGCCAGCCCUGGUACUGCUGCUGGCUCUGGAGGAGGUGGCCUGUGGGACUCUGCUGGGCCCCGAGGGAGUAGGCAAGGCAGCCACGGCGAAGAGCCUGGCACGGGCCCUGGGGCGCCAGCUGGUGACGAUGCCUUGCCUGCCUCAGAUGGAGGCCCAGAGCCUAAGCAACUACCUGCAUGGGGCCUUGCAGGGCGGUACCUGGUUGCUGUUGGAAGCCGCCCAGCGCCUGCCCCCUGGCUUGCUCUCCGCCCUGGGCCGGCGCCUGGCUGACCUGCACCACCUCUAUGCCCCGCUGUACCAGGAGGCCUCCCGCAGCAUCAGCACCAUGGACCCCACGCAACCCCAGCUCCUCGGCAGUGGCUUCUUUGAGAAACACCAUGUAUACGUGCGCCUUGGCUAUGGCUCUCUCCUGACGCUGCGCUCCCUGAGCCCUGCCGUGCCUGCCAACCUGCGCUUGCUGCUGCGGCCUGUGGCCUUGACGCUGCCUGACCUGCAGCGAGUGGCAGAGCUGACCCUGCUGGGUGCAGGGAUGCGGGAUGCCUUCCGCAUGGCUUCCUGCCUAUCAAGAUUCUUCGCCCUGGAGCUCGAGCUGGUGUCUGCGCCCCUGCCUUGCCGCUUGGCCCUGCUCCAGCACGUACUGGAAGACAUGAUACAGGAUUUAAACACGACCAAGGAGGGGCCCAGGUCCCAGCAGGCCCACAGCCUGGCUGUGACCGAAGAGGCUGCCCUACUGCGUGCCCUGCUACGCUCACCGCUGUUCAGCAUCCUCACUGGUAUCCGCCUGCACAACCUCCAAGAGCUGCUCUGUGGGCUCUUUCCUAAUGCCAGGCAGCUGUUGGCACAGCCUGUGGCCCACGCGCCGAGGAAGCCACUGCUGGUGGAGGAACUGCAGCAGAUGGGCAUUCAUCCCAGCCCUGACAGUUUGGGGUCCCUGGAGCAGCUGAGCCAGGCUCUGGGCCGGGCUCUGGGUGUUUUGCUCCUGGGCCCUGCUGGCAGUGGCAAAACCACUUGUUGGCACAGCUUAUUUAAGAUCCAGAAUCGGCUGGCGGCCAGGGAGGACGCCUCAACCCAGGGCUGCCAGCCGGUGGAGAUCACGCACCUGUACCCCAAUGUCCUCAGCCCCCAGGAGUUCCUGGGAUGGCUAGAGGGACCCUGCUGGCACCACGGCGUCUUCCCUAGGCUGCUGCGUGCAGCCAGUCCGGGUAAGACUGUGGGCCCAAAGGGGCCACCACAGGAAUCAGUGGGGACCCAGCACUGGAUAAUAUGUGAUGGGGUCGCCAGUGCGGCUUGGCUGGACUCCAUCACCUGCCUCCUGAAAGACGCCCCCCAGCUCAGCCUCCCCAACGGUCAGCAGAUAGCACGACCCCCAGGUACUUUCCUCCUGAUGGAGGUGGGAGAUGCAACAGGCGUGUCCCCCACAGUGGUGAGCCAGUGUGCCCUGGUCUGGUGUGGUGGGGAGCAGACGUGGCAGGGGAUGCUUAGCGUCCUGAUGGCAGCCCUGCCCCACGAGUACCGCCUGCAGCAACACACGGUCACCGAGCUCAACCACCUGGCCAAAGUGCUGGUGCCAGCGACGUUCCAGUUCCUCACCCGCCGGGGCGCCAGCUCUCUGCUGCAUGUACAUGGGCAGCAGCCUGUUUGCCCAGGUGUGGCUGAAGUCACCAGCCUGGCCCGUAUCUUACGCUGUCUGCUGGACCCCUACCUGCGCAUAGAUGAGGGGCAGAAGGCACAUAUCUCAGAAGACCUCAGCUUUAGCGAGGUAGCCCAAAGCUUCAAGUCCUCAAAAAGCAGCUCUCUGAACUGGUCCCAGGUUGACAGGGAUGAUGUACCUAAUCAGCGCAAGGAACAUUUGCUGGCUGUCAGCAGCUUUCUCUUCGCAUUGAUCUGGGGCUUUGGAGCCCACCUUCCCUCCAGGCUCUGGCCCCUCUUUGAUUCCUUCUUGAGGGGUUCUAUUAGUUGCCUCUCCAACUAUCCUGAGCCACCGCCUUCAGCCUUGGUGUUUGAUCUACAUGUGUGCCCUGAUAAUGGGACCCUGGUCCCCUUCACUGGCCAUUACCUGGGCAGCUGCAUCAGGGGAACUCUGGGCACCUUCCACCCUUCUCCGCAGACUGAACGGCUCUUGUAUGUGGUGGACCUGCUUCUGUCAGAGGGACACCCCGUGCUGCUGGCUGGAGAGGCGGCAACCGGGAAGUCCACCUUUGUGGAGGUGCUUGUGGGGCCCCAGCAUCCGUACGUGCGCAGCCCCAUCCACCCUGCCUUCACUCCCACCCACCUUCGCCUGCUGCUGAGUCGAGGGGCCCAGGGCCAAGCACAAGCUGCCCCAUGGCCUGGGCAGCACCUGGAUUCUAAGGGCUCCCUCCUCUUCCUGCUGGAGGAUCUGCACCUGGCCGCUUCUGACCCAGAGAAGAGCUGCCAGCCAGUGUUGGAGACUCUGCGCCAGGCCAUAGAUGGCACGGUGUACGCCCACAGCACCUUGGAAUUGCAGACGCUGCAGCCUGUGGUCAACUUCCUGGCCACGGCCACAGUACCAGGCUUCUGUGAGCGCCCACUGUGCCCACGCCUCUUUCGACUCUUCACAGUGCUGGCCCUGGGGAGCGUGACCCAGGCCAUGCUGCUGAGCAGGCACACACCGAGCAUCCAGGCCUGGCUUGAGCGCUUUCCCUCUGUGGAGCGGGAGGGGCUUCUAGCAAAAGCCUUGGUCCGGGCCUCGGUGGAGGCCUGGGAGGCCGUGGGCAACUGCUUUCUGCCUUCCCCCCUCCACCCACAUUACCGCUUCUCUCUGCACUCUGUGAGCCAACUACUGGGCAGCUUACAGCUGCUGCCCACCAGGAUGGGCUCCCGGGGCUUUCUGGACUGUCCCAGCCAUCAGGAGCACUUGCGCCGGGUGUCAGGCUUGCGUGGCACCCGCCUGACGAUUAUGGUGGCCAUGCGCAACAUGGUGCGUCUCUGGUUGCACGAGGCCCAGAGAACCUUUUGUGACCGGCUGGACAGCCCUAGGGAACGCUCUCACUGCGCCAAGCUGCUCCUAGAAGUAGCUCAGAGUGUGUUCUGCUGUGGGCCAGCACCCCAGAAUGGGGCCAAGGGCUCUGAGGAGGAGGAGGAGGAGGCAGAGGAGAAGGAGGAGAGGGUGCCUGAAGUGGAAUCCGAAGGGGAGCUGGCCCAGUGGGAGGACUUAAGCAACAGCGACAGUGAGACAGAGGAGGAGGAGGACCCUUAUGGCCUGCAGGUCACCACCAGCUCACUCUCCUGUGAUUCGGGUCUAGCACCUUCCACAGUACCAGUAAGGAGGGAGACCAUAGAAAGCCUAAGUCCGAAGAUAAGCCAGGAGGAGGGCACAAAGGCUUCUGGCUACAGACUCCAGUUAAACAGAAGCAAGAAUAGGCGGCAGAAAACCUCCCGGAUGGACAUGGCCUCACCCCUUCUGCUACCAGUGCUACUACUCCGCCCCCAGGAAAAGCCCUCAGACCUGGUGUUCAGUCAGGAGCUGAUCCUGGGGUCCAACUCUGAGAGCCCCAGCUUGUACCUGGAACGGCAGUGGGAGAGCCUGGAGGAGCAGCUGUCCACUGCAGCUGCUCAGUUGAAGCUGAGCGCCCACCUUGCCCGGUGCCACUCCAUGGCCAAGCACGUGGCCCGCCUGGUCCGGGUGCUGGCCAGGCCCCGGCAGCACGGCCUGUUGUUCUCAAGGGCUCUGGGUACUGGGCGCCGUACGGCCAUCACUCUGGCAGCUAGCAUCUGCCAGGCCCGCCUCUUCCAUCUGCCGUCUGGCGCAGAGGACGCCGUCCUUCAGUGCCUACGGGAGGCCAGUUGGCAUGCUGGCGUGUUAGGCCAGCCGGUGGCCCUGCUGGUGCCCAAGGGUGUGGAUCUUACCACCCUUCAUCGUCUGCUGGCCCUGGCAACCUUGGGCAGUUUCCCUGACCAGUAUACAGAGGCAGAUCUGGACCGCAUUGAAGAACAUCUCCCCAGGGAGAACCUUAGUGUCAAGCAGAACAGCAAGAAGGAAACGCUGUUGCAGAGGUUCUAUCAGCAAGUCUGCAACCACCUGCAUAUGUUCAUCCUGCUUGGAGAUGACCAGACCCACAGACAGCUGCCCUCCACCCUUUUCCUGAGGCUUCUUCAACUGGCCAUUGCUAGCAUUGACCGCUAUGAACCCUGGGACCAAGACUCCCUGAUCAGUGUGGUCCGGUACUACCUGGAAAGCGCUCAGAAUCUAUCCAUUGAUGAUGACUCCUUGAAGUGCCCAGACCUCCAGGCGGCAAUUCCCAGGGUGGCCAAAGCCAUGGCUCUCAUUCACCUUUCGGCUGUCAGCUACUAUGGACACCUAUGCCCUGAGUUACCACUCGUCACCCCCAAGACUUUCCUAGACUUUCUGGACGCCUUCAUGCUGCUGCAGCAACAGAUGACUCUGCAGAUUAAGAACAAGUUCCAGCGGAUCCAGAAUGCCUUAGAAAAUUUGAGAAUGCUGAUCGAGAAGCACAAUGCCUACACCAACUUUGUCUUCAACUUGGAAGAGCUGCUGAAAGGCUCCCGCAAGACCGUCAGCAUACAUCAGCAGCAGCUAGAGAAGGGCAAGCUGCUGUUCAGGCAGCAGCUAGGAGAGUGUCAGCAGCAGGAGAACCUCAUCGGGAACCUGAUCAAGCAGCGGGAUGCCCUGCAGGCUCAGCAUGAGGCUUUCCUGGAGCAGAUGGGCAAGGCCUUCCUGGGACCUCUGAGCCAGCUGCAGGUGGCUGACUUUGAGGAGAUACGGAGCUAUCGAGCGCCACCAGAAUCAGUGGUCCAGGUGACCGAUGCACUGUGCGACCUGUUCCACUGUGAAAGAGGCUGGGCCAGUGCCAAGCAACUCUUAGGCACCGAGGAUUUUUAUCAGGAGCUGGUGUUCUUCCCCAAGGAGAAGAUGACGGACUCAGAGAUGAUAAAGUUAACCCAAGCUCUGAAGGCUCCAGGUAUGAGUGACGCAGCUCUGCGGGCAGUAAGCAUACCCGCAGCAAACCUGGCCGCCUGGCUCUGGGCUGUUCUGCGCUAUGGGCUGGCCCAGCGCCGAGGACUGCCCACGGGCCUACUGCUGCGGCAGAUCGAGGCCACGCUGGCUCGGGAGCAGGCCCGCCUGGGCCACUGCCAGUUUCAGGCCCAGGAGACCCUAGAGCACAAUUUGGAUCUGGCCAAGACGCUGGAAGAGGCCCGGGCUUCGAACAACCGUAUGAUAGAGAAACUCAGUCAGGCUCAGUGUGGCCAAUAUCACAAGUGGCCCAUCAAGGCUGCACUGCUCACACCCAUGCACUCCUGGACUACAGAGCUCCAGAAGUUGAAGGGGCACUGCCUGACUGUGUUCGGAGACGCCCUCCUGUGUUCAGCUGCCAUCAUCUACCUGGGUCCUUUCCCGCCAGUGCGGCGCCAGGAGCUACUAGACAAGUGGCUGGCUCUGUGUAGGGGCUUUCAGGAGACCCUGGGCCCAGAUGAUGUGGCACAAGCCCUGAAGCAGAAGCAGAAAUCUGUCGUCGUGCCACCAAAGAAACCCCUGCUCUCCGUACGCUCUCCCUUCAGCCUUCUGUCCUUGCUGAGCUCCGAAUCCGAACAGUUCCAGUGGGACCGAGACCUGAAGCCCCAGGCGAAGUCAGCCCGCCUGGCAGGCCUGCUUCUACGAAGCAACACCCACUACUCCAGUUGCCGUUGGCCUCUGGUGCUUGACCCCGGCAACCAGGCCCUCAUCUGGCUGAACCCACUGCCUCUGCAAGAGACUAGAUGCCUGGCUCCAGGCCCCACAGAGUACAGAGGUAAAGGCUUUGUGAGAAAUCAAGAAGAAGAGGAGGAAGACGACAGUCGUGAAGAGUGUGAUAAGGCUAAGGACAAGACAAAAGAGCGGAAGACAGAGGACAGGGAAAAUGAGGAGGAGGAGGGAGAAAAGGAAGAGGAGCAAGAACACGAGGAGGAGGAUGAGACAGAGAGGCAGGGGUCAAGGCCAGCCUCUGACACUGGGUCUCUGCCCCUUCCCUACCUUCGUGUACUCUCAGGCACUGACCCAGAGUUGGGUCCUCAGCUCUGGGAGGCAGCUGCCAGUGGCCUGCCCGUGCUACUGACCAACAUGGAGCUGGGCCUAGGGUGCCAAGAACUGCAGUGGCUACUGCAGCGGGAGGAGCUGAGCCCUUCCCAGGUGCAGCCGGGCUUCUGUCUCUAUCUGAGCACUAGUCUCCCCCUCAGCGCCUUGGAAAAAGUGCUAGGUUAUGAACUGCUGAAGGGGCUGAAUGUGCUGGAUCUGAGCCUGAACAUGGAUAUCCUAGAAGACCAGAUGCUGCAUGAAAUCUUGGGCAUAGAGUGUCCCGAGCUCAAGAGCCGUUGGCGGGACCUAAAGACCAGAGCCCUGGACAGCUGUGCAGCUGUGGAGGCUGCUGAGGAGCGGCUGCUGCUGAUGCUACUCCAGAACCCAAAACAUCAGAAACCAGCUAAAUUCCUACGGGACAUGGUGAGGGCGCAGGCAGAGCUAUGUCAGCUGCGCGCUCACUGCGAGGAUCUAGAAGAGCUGAGACUGCAGGAGGUGGCAUUGUGGGCGCCCUAUAGGCGUGUGGUCUGGCACGCGAUGGCCAUAAUAAAGGCCCUUAGCCCGCUGCAGAACCUGCUGCCCCUUUUCCGCAUGAGCCCCGACAACUGGCUAGCGGCCACCAAGCGGGCUCUGAACAGCGUGAAGCAGUGUGAGAUUCACCAGGGGGAGGACCUGCCCAGCCAUCUGCUGCAUCUGAGAACACAGCUGACCCGCCAGCUACUGGGCAGCACCGUGGCUGCCCUGGGCCCGACCCAAGUACCACUGGUGGGAGCCUUGGGUGCUUUGGCGCUGCUGCAAGUGGCAAGGAAAGCACCAGAGCUGGAGAGGCUAGCCUUUGUGCCUGGCCUGGCAGCCUCCCCUAGCACGGGCUACAGCAAGCCAGGGGUGGCUCGGCCGGCCUGGCUGGGGCUGAGAGCCUGGCAUGAAUGUGGCCUGUUGGAGAUGUUGCCCCCGUUUCCGGGGCUAUGUGCAUCCCUGGCAGGCCAGUCCAGUGUUUGGCAGGCUUACCUGUCAUUGUCAUCCACAGUGCUGGGUCCUGCACCUGGGCCUGGGCCUGGACCCGAUCCACUCAGCCUCCUCCAGAAGCUGAUUCUGUGGCGUGUGCUGCGACCUGAGUGCCUGGCAGGCGCCCUGGCAGACUUUACCACCAGCCUCCUGGGCCGGCCCCUGGACGAAAACCUGGGUGCCUCCACCAUACCCUUCGAACACAGCCAGGCUACUCAGCCUGUGCUGAUCUUGUUGCCACCACCUGGUCACCCCACAGCCACCAUGCAUCCCCUGACUGUCAUCCAGAAACUGGCUGCCAGGCAUGAGCAGGGGCAGAAGCAUCUGGAGGUGAUCGCCCUAGGCUCUGAAGCCUGGGACCCAGUGUCAGCGGUGGUCAGCACGCUAUGCCAGGCUAUGCACAGAGGGCACUGGCUGGUGUUGGAGAACUGUCAUCUGAUGCCUCGCUGGCCAAAGGAGCUGCUACAGCCCUUGCUGGGGCUGUUGGAUGGAGCCAGGGUGGUCUCGGACCUGGAGUUAGAACCGCUUCUAGCCCGACCCGCAAGCAGGAGUGUGACGACCGUCCACAGAGAUUUCCGUCUUUGGCUUAUUUUGUCUGCAGAGGCUAUUGCUUCCUUACCAGCUGCGCUGACUCAGCACUCCAUGCCUGUUUUCUGGGAGCAGUCUCUGGAGCUGGGCCACGUCUUGAUGGACAGCUUGGAGCUAGCCCAGCAAGAACACUCUGUGCAACCCCCAGCAAGGGUGCUGCCUCUGCUUCUCUUACAUGGCCUCCUGCUACACCGGCAGCAAUAUGGAAUGAAGCUGCAGGCACACAGGGGGCGCUGGAGUCCAGUGACCCUGACGCAGGUCCUUCAGAUCCAAGAGCAGCUGUGGGCCGGUCUUAGCAAUCCCAGUGCUGCCAUGCAGGAGCUAGCGGCUUCCGUUUUCUAUGGGGGUCCUGUGGGAGACAAGAAGGACAGGGAGGCCCUGAUUAGCCUAACACAGGCCUGCCUGAGCCCCAACAGCCGGAGCUGGGCUCAACCACACACACCCCAGUAUCUGCUGUCUACUCUGUUGCCCAGCCCAGAGCUAGGGGAGCUGGAUGCUUUGGAAGAGUGCAAGGCCCAGAUGCACCUCUUGCCCACACCUCCUGAACCCCAGAGCUGCGGACUGAGCGCUGGCCCCCAGGCCUGGCUGUUACGACGCCAGAGCCAAGCUCUCUUGAACGCGCUGCAGCGGAGUUUACCCACUUGGGUUUCUGCGUCUCGAGGAGGCUCCCGACGCGCUGAAAGGCGGCUGCGGCAGCGCCUAGUGCAGGCCAAGUGGAGGCUGGAGUCGCUGCAGGCUCUGCUGGCGGAGACCGCCCGUCAGGAAGAGUCUGGCGCCGGGUGGCUGGUGCUGGGACUGAGCUCGCAGCGGCCCCUGCAGGCCUUCCUCCAGACAGAGGUGCUGGAGCUGAGCCAGCUGGCGGGCGCACUGCUGCGGGACCUGGAUUGCCUGUUGCAGCAGCUGCAGGGCUCGCCCCCGUGCGCCUCCCCGCGCUGUGCGGCCGUGGCCCAAGCUCUCUGGACCGGCCGCCUACCCCCGCCUUGGCGUCCCCAUGCGCCUGCCGGCCCCCAGCCACCCUGGCACUGGCUGCGACAGCUGUCGCGCCGUGGGCAGCUGUUGGUUCGCUACCUGGGCGUGGACACCAAAGUACCAGAGCGCAUCUUUCACCUCUCAGCCUUUCGCCACCCACGCCGCCUGCUGCUGUCACUGCGUUGGGAGGCUACCUUUGCUACCACCGCCCUGAACCAGCGUGCGCCUAGCUCGAAUUUCUCUGGUUGCCAAGGCUCCAGCUCCAGUGGGUUCCCCCAUAAACAUCAGGAGCUGAACAGCAACCCUUUGCACCUCCAGGUGGUGAAUGGUCCAAAUCCUACCGUUCCAGAGAUGGGGCUGCUGCUGAUUGGGCUCCAGCUCCGGAAUGCCGAGUGGGACCCGUUAGCAGGGGCCCUGCAGGACAGCACCUGCAGCCAGCCCAGCCCUCUGCCUCCGAUCAGCGUCAGUGCCCAGGCCCGGGGCCCCAGUGACUUGCCACCCCCACCUGGCCUGGCUGUGUAUUCCUGUCCUGUGUACCUGGAAGGGCCCCUAGGUAUCACUAGGCUGCACAGCAGGCACAUUCUGAUGCACCUGCCCCUGCCCACGAAGCUCAGCCCCGCCACCUGUGACCAACGGAGGGUCCAUGUGUGCAGCCCACCUUUGCUGUGA